AUGAUGCAGGAACAAUUUGAAAAUUCCGGCGCUGCUACUAACAAUCAGUACGAUGUUUUCAAUCAGACGAUUGCAAACUAUUUCAUAAAAUUGAAAUAUAAGGAUUCAUUGGAAUGGGUUGCACUUGCAAGUCAAUCCUAUGCAAGUAUGAUUGAAACAGUGAAAAAAAGGUAUCCUGAGUUGGAACAUCAAGAAUUGGUUCUAUCGGAUUCGGCAGGAGCCAUACUUUCUCCAGAGUUUUUUCCAAUUUUUCUCGGAUUUUCAGAAAGAGGUGUAAUUAUUCAAGUUUCAGUGCAGAAGGACACACUCCUAGAAAUUGAAGGAUACCCAACUCUGCUUAGUCCUUCUACUUUUUCGGAUUCAAGUACUUUAUGUAGUUUCGACACUAAUGUCAGUUGCCUAUCAGACGUAACUAAUGAAGAUUACCCGAGGAAAAGAGCUAGAACUGAGUUGAGAGGAAGAGAAGUAAACGUGCAGGUAAAUUUUUUCUCCAAGUGCUUUGCGGUAUUCAUUGACCUGAAUUAUUUUCAAAUUUUCACUGUAGUACGAAACUUACAAAACAGAAACCCAUUCUUUCAUUUUCAAAUAUUUCAGGAAUUGAAAGAGUAUAUAUUGAAGGCUCCAGGAGGAAAAGAAGUUGUCUUUUUCUACAGGAAUAACAGGACCCUGGACGAUAAACAUAGGAAGAGAUUAGUAAACAUUGUAGUGAAUCAUAUGCUACAAGAUACCCUUGACGUAUUGCCUUCUAAUCACACAAAAGCGACAUAUGCAUCAGCAAUCGUCCAACUAUUUCCUGCUCUAAGGGACAAAACUACGGAAGACGGAUUUGAAGCUUUUUUUGACCCAGUGUCUAAAAAGGGUUUUUUGACAAAUAGAAUCAGAACUCUGAGUAGAGGUCGAAAAAAACCGUCUUCCAAACCGCAGACUUUUGAUUUCCAAGAACUAACUCAGCAGGAAGAGUACGAAACUCAAAAACUGUUAUUGAAGAAUGCUGACCCUAAUACACAGCGCAAUGAUAUUUUCGAAAAAACUCAUCAAACCUUCAAAAUAAGAAAUACCUGCCGCUUCAAGAUACUUGAAGAAUUUCCUAGGUUUCUGGACACAGAUGGUUUGAUAUCUUAUGAAUUCUUCCUGAAGACUGGCAAGGAUGAAGAUGUUUUUUUGAAAAAAUUCCCUGGAUAUGUGGACAAAAUUUUUGAAGUAUACAGAAUUUCUGUAUCCAAAGUGAAUGAAACUCUGUUCAAAGAUUCAGAUUAUUGGGAUAAAGAAACAAGAUGUUUAUUUGCUCUAUUGGAGUUGCUACCACCAACUGCUGGAGGAAAGAAAAGUACUGUGAGGAGGGAAACAGUGAGUGAUGCCUUGCAGAAGCUUCUAAAAUUUCAGAAUAUUCAGGUACCUUUAAAGAAUAUUCUCAACGAGAAACCUUCCACACAGCCAUUUUUGCUAGCCGUUGGAACAAAGGAAAGUGAUAUUUCUGUAUUUUAUGUUGUUUUUGACAACAACAUAUUAAAAGCCGGUGUAACCAUAACAGAAAGCUUUGACUUUCUAUUUAAGUGCCAUUUUGUGUUUGAUAUGAAAUAUUACCAGGCACUCGAUCAAUUUUUCAAUUUUAUUUCUUUGUUUUUUUAUGAAAUUGCUCCUAACGACAUAAGUAGUAGGGCACGCGAGUUAAAAACUAAAUUAUUGAUGUCUUGAAUCUUUUCAAGACAUUAAUAAUUUAGAUUUUGUACUCUUGUACAAUAAUAGUCAUAUUUGAGUAUUAAUAUUCUCAUAUAAGUACAAUAUAAAGAGUGAUAUUUUUUUAGUAUAGAGUAGGCAAAAUUCGGUGAAAACAAAAAAAGGCUUCAAAAUGUUCUCUUGUUUUUUGUGUAAAGAUACUUCGAUAAAAUUAAAUGAUUAUGUAAGGCACUUGAGAAAAAACCAUGCGCUUUAUGAAGGCGAAACUUUGGAGCUCAAAUGCACUAACACAAACUGUUCAAAAACUUAUAAAACCUUUUGCGGAUUCAAAAAGCACAUUCAGAAAUGCAUAAAUAUAAAUAAUAUUGUGCCAAGUGUUGUUCCGGACGCCAUAAUCCAACCCGCUAACAUAGAACAAGUUUCCGUUCCAGAUUUCAGUAAAUCAAUUAAAUGCAACGAAAAGAAGGCCGCUAAUGAUUACCUUUGUAGUUAUGUAUCGAAACUAUACUCCCUGAAUCUUCCUGAAACAACCAUACAAGUAAUUUUGGAAUCCACUGAUGAAUUAUUAGCUUAUGUUAAAGCGCAUCCGUGCGGAAAAGAGUUAAGAUUGCUCAAUUCUGAAAAUUUUUGCACCAAAUUCAGACGAACACAAUAUUUGAAAAACAAAAUAGUUCUUCCCAAAGAAGUUGUGAUUGGCAUUCGCUAUGAUAAACAAUGGAAUAAAAAUAUUCAUUCUCAUAUUCAAGUUCCAGUUUCCUGCAAAUUUUCAUAUGUAUCGAUAUUAGAUACUCUAAGUUUCAUUGCGGAUAAUGAUUCUGCUCUAUUGUUGAUGAGACAAUCUAGAGAAAAAUCGUCUCUAAUGGUAGAUUCUUCUGAUGGGUUAUGUUUCAGAAGAAAUGCACUAUUCAAAGAAAAUAUAUUUUCAUUCCAAAUUCACUUGUAUUAUGAUGAAUUCGAGACGGUGAAUCCUUUAGGAUCGAAAACAGGUGGUCACAAAAUAGGUGCCUUUUAUAUGAUCAUUAAAAACAUUCCAUCUGAAUUCAACUCCGCAAUUCAAAAUAUUCACUUAGUUGCUUUGUUCUACAGUAACGACAUCAAAGAGUUUGGUUUCAAUAAGAUUUUGGAUGUUAUCGUCUCGGAUUUGAAAAUACUAGAAGAAAACGGAGUUUUCGUGAAGAAACUUGGAUGUAAUGUAAAGGGAACUUUAGUUGCAAUUAGCCAUGACAACUUGGGGGGAAACCAACUAUUCGGAAUGGUAGAAUCAUUCUCUGCAACUCAUUUCUGCCGGAUUUGCUUAGUUGAUAAACAAACAUCCAAAAUAUUGUGUACGGAAAACAAAGCACUAUUGAGAACAAAUGAAUUAUACGAAAAUCAUUGUAUUUUGUUAGACAGUAACUUAAGCAGAGACUUCAAUAGCUACGGCAUCAAAUUUAGGAGUUCUCUCAAUAAUCUAGAAUAUUUUAAACUUUGUGAAAACCCAUCUGUCGAUAUAAUGCACGACAUGUUAGAAGGCACCAUACAACUAGAACUGAAGUUAUUUUUUAAAUUCCUGGUAUCUGAAAAUUUAAUUACAAUCGAAAGUUUCAAUAGUAGACUUAAGUCAUUUGAUUUUGGACUAAAUAACAGUUCAAAUCAACCUAGUCCAAUUCUAUUAGAUAAGACAGGAAAUUCUAUAGGUCAACGUGCAGCUCAAUCCUGGUGUCUGAUAAAAUUUUUUCCCUUGAUUAUUUAUGAUCUUGUCACAGUUUUCAAUGUACAGCAAUGGGAAAAAUAUGAAGUUAUACUUUUGCUGAUAGAAAUAACAAGUAUUGUGUUCAACCCGAUUUGUAGUCCUGGCUUGGCAACAAAAUUAGAGACCCUCAUUGAAACUCACCAUAAGUUAUUCACAUCCCGAAUGAAUCAUAGUUUGAUACCGAAGCAUCAUAUGAUGACACAUUACCCAGGAGUAAUAAGAAAAAUGGGACCUCUUGUUGGUUUGUGGAGUAUGAGGUUCGAGGCUAAACAUGCCUAUUUUAAAAAUUUGAUACAUAGUUUGAAAAAUUUUAAAACUGUUUGUAAAACACUUGCCUUAAGACAUCAAACACAUAUGUGGAAUCAUUGGAAAAAUAUAGAUUUAUCCUUAAAGCCUAUAUUCGGAAAAUGCUACUUGAAGAAUAUACAAAACGAGAGGUAUGCUCAAGAUUUGAGAAUUAUGCUGAAUGUCUCAUUGAAUCAUAUAAAAUUCACAAGUAUGAUAAAAUUUUCUGGAUGUGUUUUUAGAAUUGGUAAUUUUAUUACAAACCGCAUAGAUAACCACUUGUGUCCCAUAUUUUCCAGAAUUUUCGCUAUUUGUGUACACAAUUCCAAUGUAGUAUUCUUAUGUGAACCAUGGAUAACAAAAUGUUUCGACACAAAAUCCCAAACUUACAUAGUUGAACCAAUAACAAACGACAAGAAUUAUGAUAUUAUUGCUUUGAAAACAAUAUCGCAUAAGUUUUCAUAUGAUUUGAGUUCCCCAUAUCUAAAUAAUUUCAAAUGUAUCGUCCCAAAAUUUGACAUAGUUCUGAAAUAAUUCAUUUGUGAUAAUUUUGUAUGUUCCGUUGGCGCUAUUCAGGGCUUGAUGUUUUCACCGGAUUAUGUAUACUGCAUACUUGUAUGUAGGUAAAUGAAGAAUAUGUAUAGUAUCUCUAUGUAAAGAAUAUUCUGUUGAUAUUUAUUUUCUAUAUUUUGUAAUUCUAUAUUUUUUUAUUUAGUUUUCAAAUGGCAUUUUAAUUUUUUGUUAUAACAUUUUUGUUUAUUAGAUAAUAAAGUUUGUUCCACAAAAUAUAGAUUUUUAAUUGUAAGACGAAUUUUAUUUCAGCGAGAAACUAUCUUGGCAUCCUAGUGCAAAAUCUUGAUCUGUUUCGAUGAAAUCAACAUCAUAUAUAUGUUUUCAUUAGUCCAAGAAAAUAUGCAGAUAAUUCAAAGAAGUGAAGAAUGAUAACAAAAAGAUAAAGGUUGGAUUAACUGACAAUCAACUUUGGCCUAGCCCUAGCGAAUGAAAUCCACUGAAUUGAGUUGAAUACCAUAACUUUUGGUUCAUCAUUGGGUGGUUGCAUCAUAAGGUGGUUUUAGGCAAAACAAUUAAACAUAGUUGAAACGAAAAUAUUUUUAAUUGAGAAUGAAAUUUCAAAUUUCUUGGUUACUCGUUACCACUAAAAGGUGGUGGUUGUAACAACGAGAAACAGUGAAAGUAAUAGCAAGUAAUUGUACUUAAAAUAGCAAGAAGGUGAGGGCAAUAAUUAUUUCACAAAGAGUAAUUGUAUCAACAGAGAGUUGAUAAAAUGAGCAAUUACUUGGCAAUAGAUCCGCAGUUAAUGAUUGCUGAAAUAACUUCAAGAAGACCAUAAAAAUACUAAAAGCUGUUGAAUAUUCAACAAAUUACAAUAGUCACUAUAUCAACGUAAGUUGAAUCGAAUAAUUUGAGUUGCAGUGAAAUUAACAACAAAAUAUAGAUGUUUCAUCAUGGUAAACGGGUACAUUUCACUAUAAGCUAUUUUGAAUACCGCAUCUUCAAGUAGCAAAUUUAUAUGGGAUAUAUUUUCAAAACAACCAUAUAUUGUAGUUGAAUUAACAACUUACAAUAGCAGACUAACCACUAAGAUAUAUCAAUUAUACAAAAGGUGAAUGUCAUUUAGUUCUUUGAAACUGGUUGCAUUGGAGUAACAGAUCAAGAUAUUUUGUUGAAGUGACAAUAAAAGUAUUUCCGUUUCGGAACAUAUUCCUGAUGUUUUGACCCUAAGGAAUAUUAGAAGUAACAACGUUAUUUUGUUGAAAAGAACAAUAACUUUUGAGUUGAUGUUUCACUUCAA